GGGGCAGUGGCGCGGGAGCCGCGCGUGCGCGGUGCGGCGAGUGGCGGAGGUUGGGGGAGCGCGCGGGCUGGCCGUUAGUCCGGCGCUGGCAGCGGCCGGGAAUGAGGUGGGCGUGAGUGCUGCUCCGGCGGAGACCGAGCCGUGGAUGGAGACCGAGCCGUGGAUGGAGACCGAGGCACGGCGACUCCUGGACUCCUUGGCGCGGGAGUUUCCAACCCCGCUGGCUCCUGAGGACGCGUUACCCGUGCGGCUGCAGAGCGCGAUGUUGACCUGGCAGGAGGUGGAGGGAGAGAGCGUCGACAUGGGGCUGAAGCUGCUGAGGGACAGAAGAGUGCCACCCAUCCUUGCUGCUGCUCUGAUGCAUACUGCCAUUACUCACAUACAACAGCUGGAUAUCUCUGUCUUUAGAAACAAAAAGGAACCUGAUCAGGAUGAAGAAGAGCUUGUCUUGCUGGAUGGAGAACUGGUGGCUCGAUCAGUAUUUAACAAAUUGCUGGAGACCUGCUGUGACUGGAUAAGAGAACCACAAAUGCUACAAUUACCAAAGCAGUACUUAAAAGUUUCCAGUCAUGCUAUUCGUAACACACGGAGGAAGAUGGAGGAUAGACAUGUAGCAUUGCUUGAGUUUAAUGCUCUGUUUGGCAUUAAAGAUGAGAAAGAGAGAGCAUACUUUGCUGUAUUUGAUGGGCAUGGUGGAGUAGAUGCGGCUGUCUAUGCUGCAACGCACCUUCAUGUCGUUCUUGCUCAUCAGGAAGAGUUUUCUACACAGCCAGCUGAAGCAUUAAGGAGAGCCUUCAAACAGACUGAUGAGAUGUUUCUUCAGAGGGCCAAGAGAAAGAAACUACGGAGUGGUACCACUGGUGUGGCAGCCUUAAUUGCUGACAAUAUACUGCACGUGGCUUGGCUUGGGGAUUCGCAGGUGAUGAUGGUGCGACAGGGCCAGGUUGUGACCCUUAUGGACCCGCACAAGCCUGAGAAAGAGGAUGAGAAACAAAGGAUUGAAGAACUUGGUGGAUGUGUGAUCUUUCUAGGAUGUUGGCGAGUAAACGGAACACUUGCAGUCUCUAGGGCGAUCGGUGACAUUGACCAAAAACCUUACAUUUCGGGGGAUGCAGAUUGUGCCACGUUCGAACUGGAUGGCAGGGAAGACUACAUUAUUCUAGCCUGUGAUGGUUUUUUUGAUGGAGUUGAACCUUCUAAGGUUGUGCACCUUGUACAAGAGCACUUACGAGAGAAUGCGGGUGAUGGCAGUUCUGUUGCAGAGACACUUGUCACAGCUGCCAAAGAAGGUGGAUCUAGUGACAACAUCACUGUGGUGUUGGUCUUUCUGCGAGAUCCACAGAUCAUUCUAAAAGACAGCCAAUCGCAAUUGAGCAGUGAGAAUGCUGGCCUGGACAGUAAUUACCCACAAGCCAAAGGAAACUUUGAAACAACUCCACCACAGUUAAUCUCAAGUGAGGAUAAAGAUAACCAGACAAAGGAUAUGACUUGCUGACUACUGUCUCCGUGAGAUGAGAUAAGUGUUACAUUCAGGGAAUAUAUUUUACUCAGUGACACCAAAGAAAUGGAGAGAAAGGGGAUUGGUAUUAAAAUGCCUUCGCAUCUUGGCAGACCUUUGCCUGCAUCGUAAAGAUGUGUCAAAGCUCAGUAACUGAGGGUGCAAGAAACUUCAUUAGGAAAGGAUAGAAUAGUGUUGGCUGAGAGCAUAUUGAAGUCUGUUUAUGACAUUGCACAUUUCCUUAAAUCCCAGGUUUAAAGAUAUAGCUCCGAGAAUCAAAUGUAAUCAAAGGAUUUGUGCCAGAUUGUGUUGUAAUGGAGAACAUGUAACUAGAAUGUUUUCCUUAAUCCCAGGACCUAGUUCAUUCGAAUGGAUGAUAGCAUAUUACAAGACAGUAUUUCAUCUGAUUUCAGACAUGAGCUAUGCCCAGAGGUUGAAAUGUUGCUUUCAGCUUCCUCCAAAUUAACAAAAUUGUGCUAUUUGCACCAGAUCUGUUUUGCAACAUCUUCUGAUGCAAGCUUUCCACAGCAACUAACCUAAUGAAGAUUUGGGAGCAAGCUGUUUCAUCAGUUUCAUCUGCUUGAAAAUCCCAAGAUAGGGAUAUCUGGAGCUGAAGUCAGUGAGUGCAAGUAGCAGUGCCAUAAGAUCUGCUUGACUAAGUGGGGGGGGGGGGGGGGGGUAUUUUGAAAUCAUUUUUAUAAUAACUGAAAGUUAUUAAUGCCAUUAUGCCUUAAAGCAUUUUAUUCUACUUUCUUUUACUGGCCUAAAUGAGCCAUCAGUGAUUAAUAGAGAGAUCCAUAAUGGGUUUUAUUAUUGGGCUAAUUCCAGCUGUUCCUACUUCUACCAUGCUGACAAGGUUCCCUAUGGUAAAAUUGCAAACUUGCAUAAUGAUAAAUUUUUCCAAAUUGUUUUACUCAAAUACGUGAAGUUCUCAAGCACCCUUAUGUACUGACUUUCCUCUAGCAAAAAAAAUACAGGUUGACGAUCUAGUGCCUUAUUCCAGUCUGUGUGUGCAGUACAAGCCAUGUAAUAAUUUGUACUGUUCCAUGGAUCCAUUGCAGACUAAUUGUUUAGUGCCUUAUGCAUCUCUCCGCACCUGUGGUAUUGGUAUUUACUUCAUUACCAUUUUUCAGGAGAGGGGGAGAAAAAUAUCAAAUAACCUUAUUUAGGCAUUUGAUUUGAUGCUUAAUUUGGAAUGUUCAAUCUGUUGCCUAUGUCAAAGAAUAUGAACAGAUGAAUGUACUGUGGUUUUGAAUAAAGUUAACAACUGGAAUUGAUGUAGAAAUAUUAGGAUUUUCUCAAUAGCUUACUAAUAACUGGAUUAAGUAAAUAAUAUGGUCUUGGACACUGUGCAUUUUGAAGAAUUUUGCUUGUGUAAAAUUCUACAACCACCUGUCCUGAAUUUGCAUAACGAGUAAUUUGCUCAAGUCCUUAAAAGGAUCUGAACCCUCAAGUUUGUUUAUUUAAUGAAAUAUUAAAAGCUAAUGUGCAAAGAAGCCAAAUGCACUCCCAACAAGCUGAAUAUUCACGUUUUAUUUUGAAACUGGAAAAAAAUCUGCAAUCUUAAGAUAACUUGUUGGGAUGUGGUUCAAAGGAUGGUAGUAACCUCCAAUACUACCCACUGCCCCACUUAUUUUGGGAGCACUUGCUGCUGAGCCCAACUGCAUUCUCAGCAAUUUCCAUCUCUUGAUCCCUAGGCCCUGAUGAGGGGAACCCCAAAUGAUUUCUUCUUCCUCUGCCCUCAUCGCAAGUAGAGCAACCUAUAGUCUGGGCUAAGAUAAACUGACUAGGCAUAAACCAGGGACAUUGCAGUUCUUUGAUUUUGUACUCUCCUGAACUAUGUUUCUGGCCACCUAGCUAUAACGGAACCUUUUAUCUAAUGUAAGAAUAGGAGCAGGAGAGGGCCAUUCAGCCUCCCAAGCCUGCUCUGCCAUUUCAAUGCUUCUUUUGUCAUUUCACUUGGUUAGUUUCUGUUAUCUUGAUCUCUAAUUAGUACAAGUUAACCAAGUUAACUUAUCUUCAAUCUGUGGUAAUGGUUUGAGAUGUUUUUGCAAAAUUCGGGUUAUGUUGCCCCAGAAAGUAUAACCUCAGAUGGAGGAAGGUCUUUUGUGCAGAACUUGGCAAUGUAGAUUUGUAUUCCUAUUUUGUGUCCAAUUUUAGAUCGUAGCUCCAAAUCUUCGAACUUCAGAAGUUCAUCUUGCUUGAACUUGUUAUUGCUGAAGUGUUGUUGAGAAAGAUUUGGAAAUCCCUAAAACUUAAAUGUGGCCUUUUGUAUCUAAUUUCACCAUUGCAUACUACUUAUUGACAAUGGGUAUCUGUGUUUACUUUUUUUGCCUUGUCAUUAUAUAAAUAGAGGUUAUCAAUACAUCAAUUUGUUUUUGUCAUUGCACGCUUGGCAUUACAUAGCUGAUUUAAAUCUGCCUGCUGAUGCAAAGUCUUUUUAACUCUCCUGAUUUUAUCACCUUUAAUGAAUUUGGCAUUUUGUGUUUCUGGAUAACCUUUCUAUGCAGGAAGGGGGGAACGAGGCAGUGAUCUCUGUGGCCUUCUGACCACCACUUCUCUCCACUCUAACAUGAAUCCAUGUACAGAUUCCAGCUUGAAUGCAGGUCCCACAUUCCAACAGAGAGAAUUGAUAGAGGGAAACCUGUAGAUGUAGUAUAUUUAAAUUUCCAAAAGGCAUUUGACAAGGUGCCACAAGAGGCUGAUUCAUAAAUUAAGAAGUUCAUGGUAUCAGAGGAAGUGUGUUAGGAUGGAUUGAAAACUGGCUGUCGCAUUGAAAACAGAGUUGGAAUUAAUGGGUCCUUUUCAGGCUGGAGGGUUGUAACUAUUGGAAUAUCCCAAGGAUUGGUUCUUGGCCCUCAAUUGCUUGCCACUUGCAUUAAUGACCUGAAGGAGGAAACAAAAUGUAAGGUUUCCAAGUUUGCAGACGACACAAAAAUAGGUGGAAGGGCAUGUUGUGCCGAGGACAUUGCAAUUGUGCAAUGGGAUAUAGACAGAGUAAUUGCAUGAAAACCUGGCAAAUAGAGAUUAUUGUGAGGAAAUGUGAGAUCAUGCACUUUGGUAAGAGGAAUCAAAAGGCAGAUUAUUAUCUGAAAGCAGGGAGAAUUCAAAUUAAGUUCAUAGACAUCUCAGUGUUCUAGUACAUGAAUCACAAAGUUAGUUGGCAGGUCCAACAAGUAGUUUAGAAGACAAACGGCAAUUUGGCCUUUAUUACUAAGGGGUUGGAGUUUAAGAACUGGUGUACUCCUUGGAGUUUAGAAGAAUGAGGGGUGAUCUUAUUCAAACAUGAUCCUAAAGUGGCUUGACAGUAAAGGUUGAGAAACAAUCUGCUGGAGGAGUUCAGUGGGUCGAGCAGCAUCUGUGGGAGGAAAAGAAUUGUCGACAUUUUGGAUCGAAACCCUGCAUCAGAGUAGAAGUUGAGAUGUCGGUCAUUUAAAACUGAGGUACAAAGAAACUUCUCUUGGAGGGUAGUGAAUCUCUGGAGUUCUCAGCCCCACAGGGUGCUGGAGGCCAGAUCAUUGGAUUAUUUAAGGUGGAAAUGGAUAAAUUUUUGAAAGAUCGAGGAAUCGAGGAUUAUGGGGAACUGAUACAGAAGAGGAGGCCAGCAUAGAUUAGUCAUGAUCAUAUUGAAUGGCGGGGCAGGUUUGGGGAUUCUAUUUUCUUGCGUAUUAAGAAAUUUUGGAUUUGCACCAGUCUAGAUUCUGUCUAUUCUGAGACCCAUUGGUUUGUUUAUAUACAAGCCAUCAUAUUGGGCAAUCAGUAGAAAAUUGUAGGGGGGAUAAAAAAGGUUAAAUGACCUGCAGUUGACAGUGUUUUCUCUACAAGAUAUCUCUGGCAUAUCCGAUUAUCUUUGCAGGAAGGCUCUGCUGUGCAUCUGAGAACAUCAUGUGCACACUGGUGCACAGCCUCUGUGUAUAAUGGGCAGAGAGGGCCACCAUUAUAUACGGAUGACAGCAAGAUCUGGAUGCCUUUAUUCUCAUUUAAUUAUGGACUUCUUUUGUGUCCUUUUGCUCUGAUAAACAUGUGCUCCAUGAAGUAGUUGUCUCUGUACUUGUAUCCUGUGGCAUUGUAUCAAAUCAUUUAUCUGUCAAAACAUGUUGCCAUAGAGAUUUUAUAUUAAAGUAAAACCACAUCCCCGUUUAAUAUUAUACCUGAUGCUGGUCAGUUGAACUACUGAUGACCCAUUCUCUGAGAGAAGAUAAUUAUUCUCAACUCAGUACUGACUUUUGCAAUUUGUAUCUGUGCACCCUUAUUUUUUUUGAGGGUCACUUACUAAACGCAUGAUGUUUUUUGCACUGUAUUUUGGAAUGGCAGAGCUGGUGCCUAUGUAUUCUGAUGUUUCAUUUUACUUGCACAUUUAUUUGCAAUAUUGAUGUAACCAUAAAACUUUAUAAGCUGAGUAUAUUAUUUAUUCACAUUGCUUGAUAUGCACAUAUGUAUUUGUUUUAAGUAAACCUGAAACCUGCUGGUUGAGCGGUGAUGCCUGAUGUGGUUUUGUGCAGAUUGAAGUGUUAUGCAGUUCUUGUUAGAGCCCUGGAUGUUGUCCUGUGUACAAUGAGAAUUGCUUUUACUCAUCAGCCAAAUGUAUUGUGGUGUUCAACAUGUUAAAUUGUCAGCUACUUAAGGUCUGAGGAAAGUGUGGUUGAAGUAGUCUUAGCGAGUUGCUACAAUAUACCCUGAGGUUAUUACAUUCCUAAGUGCUAGAAAUGGAUAAUUCAGUGGCAGAGAUGCUCAUUAAACUAAGUGCUUUAUCCUGACCCGAGUAUUCUUUUAGGUUCUGCACAAGCUUCUAAAGUCCCACAACUGUGUAUUUUGCAUUAUCUGUAUGCCAUAUAGCCUCUACAUCACAAGAAAUAUUUUCUGUUUACACGUGAGAAGAGUUGAAGCCUCAAGAAAAAAAAAUCAUUGUUUCAAAAACAGCUUUUAGCUCACUACACUUUGGUUUCCAAUUUAAGUUUUAAAAGUACCAAAUUGAUUUUAAUACUGAUGUGUGGCUAAUUCUAAAUAUAUGAAGUGUGAUGUGCCAUGGGCUGAUAUCUCUGACUCAAUGUUUUUGGGCCACCUCACUCCUGCAGUAUUGGAUGAGACCCCACCACACCUUAAUGUGAAUGCUGUAUCUCAAAUUUCAAGCUUGCCAACAACGCUGCCCCUGGGUUUGACUUGCACAGGAUAGCAACAAGCCCUUGCUUGAAGAGCACUUUCAGGUAAUGAUGACGAUCAAGAGUACUGUUACAAGAAAGAAUACACCCUGAUAUUGCCAGUCAAAAGCACUUAGGACAGUGGACUGUAACUAAUAUUAAUCUUGAGACAGGAAAGAUAAUUAUCCAUCUGUCCUACCACAUCCAAUUUUUCUUUAGAUAGUUCUGCAUUUCUAACUCUAAUAAUGAAUAUAUGUCCUUCUAACUGCUUCCAUUGCCAAAAUCAUUGUGUAAAUUAAUAAUUGCUGAUGGCAGGCUCAAGGACAUCAGCUCCCAGAAUGGGUUUGCUAAAAAAAAAUCAUGUCAAUAUGCACUUCUACCUUCUGUAAAACAAAAUAAAAUUGCCUUGCAUGGCAACAUUUUUCACAAUUGGCAGCCAUUAGCACACCCACACCCAGCUUGAGUAAGAAGGCACUGUAGUGUCCUUAUUAUUCUCCUUCAAAGGAUCAAACCCUCCUACCAAUUUUUGUUGUUCCAUAAAUGAGCCAGUUAUAGUUUAUCUGAUAAUGGAAUUUAAAGUGGUACAGACAUAACUAUAAGUGGUAAAGGUUUUGCUUGUUUGCAUCCUGUUAGUAUACGAUAAUUGUGACUGAUAGUAACUGUAAACUGGACUCAGUGCAUCACACUAGGUGGCAGAAAAGAAUGGAAAAAGGAAAUAAAACUGGAAUGACCAUGUGGUUAUGCUAUGGUAUUAUAGCUGGAUUUAUAAUAGCUUUUUAUUCUGCUAAAGCUUGUCUUGUGGUUAAUGUUAAAAUACAAUAAUUUGUAGGAAAAGCCAUAAUAAUCAGGUUUGUUUUAAACCUCAAUGCAUCCUCCCUGGAUGAUGAUGAUAGUGAUGAGCCUUUAUGGGGUCUCUGAUCUAUUGACAUCUCCCUCCUGUCAGACUAUUCACUAAGCAAGCUUAUUUCAGUAGCUUGAUUUUGGACUUUUGCAAGGACUCCAGUGAGCUGUUUAUCUUAACAAAACUGCACAAAACCAUAAGGAGCGACAUUUAGUGUUGAAGACUACUCGAACGUCAUUCUUUGACAAUGCUGAAACAGUAUAAUAACUUACUAAGCUAUAAAUUUGAAACGGAGAUGUUUCUUUGCCUUAUUGUGGUUGAGGUUUCUCCUGAAAUGCUUUUUAUGUAUGCAGUAUUAAUCUCAUAAUAAAGCA